AUGCGUUCCUUAUAUUCUCUUUCGGCUGCGUUGUUUCUGGUCUCCCGCGCCGCAGCCGAGACGAAAGUGGUUACCGGAACCACCGAAUCAUGCACAUGGACCGAUAAUGUCUUCUUGAAUCCUUCUUUCGAUUCUGGGGCGAUUGCGCCCUGGGCCGUUUAUGAUAACUACGGCACUGCAACAGUUGUGGCGGACGAUGCUAAUGAUGGAGGCUACGUUGCAGUACUUGUCCCUGAUACCUCUUCAGACGCUGUGAUUUACCAGACCUUGACCGACCUGGUCGUGGGCGACACGUACACGCUAUCGUUUGACUACAAGAUCCAGUCCUCAACCAGAUCGGGCACUUGUAAUGCCUACUUCGCCGUUGAUGGCAUUGAUGCCUUGAAUCACAUCACUUUGACGGCCAGUGGGUAUAUCCAAUACAGCACCACAGCGACGGACUGGCAGACUCUCUCGACCACCUACGUUCCUACCAGUAGCUCUUUGACUAUGUACAUCCAGAUCACUUGCAGCUCGUAUGUGCGAGGCGUCGCAGCUCAGCCGACCAUCUACCUCGAUAACACCCAGUGCUCCAACCCCAACAAGGAGAUCGAGACCUGCACAGAUGUGCCUUACACAUCAACCCUCACCAUUCUUCCCACUCCAACAUCCACCCCCGUCGUGACUUCCGCGCAGGUUGUGACUCCCAGCGUCAGUGCCGUAUCUGUCAGUCCGGCGGCUUCUUCGACCGCCAUCGUCAGUGCAGCAGCCUCCUCAUUCCAGCCGUCCGCAGUCUCAUCUGCCGCCGUACAGCCACCAUCCUCCGCGGCAAGCCCUGUGCUGUCCACCUCUUCCACUCCUUCAAGUCAUGUCGUGCCGUCGUCAUCCGCAUCAAACCGCGCUUCAUCCAUCCCACUCAUUCCUUCGAGCCCGGUUGCCUCUGCAUCGUCGGGACCGCAUUUGCCCAGCUCAUCAAAUCUCCCCGCUUCUUCUCCACCUGUACCUGUGUCCCCCAUUCGGUCAAGCUCUGGCGUUGCAGCAGCAUCAUCGCCUGCUUCGUUAGUGCCGGGCUCAAGUUCAGUCAUUCAUUCCGCGACACCAAGCUCCAGCGCAGCCGCAUCCCCUUCCAGCCUACUAGAGGAUGUCGUGACGGUGACGAGAACUGUUUACACGACAGAGCUGAUCAUCGAAACCAAUUGUCCCACUUUGGUGUAUUGA